UUCCUAGAAGGUUAGGAUAAAUAUUACCUAGCGCUUAUGUGUGGGAAACCUGGCGGGCUUCUCUCACGACUGCCUUGCCAUCACCUUGCCAUCAGACCAGCAUUAGCUUUCUUUCGCAACUAUGCAAAAUACUUGUCUCGUCUGCGACACUCCAGCUAACACCCGCUGCGCCAAAUGUACAAGCGUCUAUUAUUGCAGCAAGGCGCACAUCGCCCAAGACUGGCCCAUGCACAAAGCAUAUUGCAAGCGAGUCCAUGCCGCCACCAACACCUUUGACGCUAUUCUCUUUGGCGUCAAUGAAAUUAAACCUCGGGUCAUCAAACUCCCUUGGUCAUACGGUCCUGUUGAUGAAGAUGAGCCUGGACGCUGGCAGAUGCUGGAAAGAGAGCCAUGGCUCGGUGGCAAAGAUUGUUGUCCCUAUUUUUUCUAUGUUGGGACGUUCGGGGUCAAUGGACCAUCGCUUGGUCGUACUCUCGCACUGUACUAUGACGAGAACUUCUUGAUCAACGGGUCCCCGAUCAACCGCUGCAUUCAGAGUGUCACCAAUGGCAAAGCCCCGCACCCUUGGGCAGGAAACGUUCUAGCCCUUAGGUCGAAGGGAUUGCGCUCGCUGGAUUGGUACAACGACGCAAUUAUAGAGGAGGACUUGGCGCCGUUGGUUCGGUUUUUCGAGGAUUAUGGGAAAGAGGAUAAUCCGAGUGUCCGCGUCAACAACGCGGUCGGCUCAAAGAAAAGGGAAAAUGCUCAAGUUGCUACUGAUAUUGAUACCGCCAGUGCGAGCGUGACAACCGAACCUAGCACAGCUGAUCUCAAGCCUUUUGCCUUCGUCUUAUUUGUUUUCCUAUUCUUUUAUGGACCAUGCUCGUUUAAAUGGCUCAAUAAUACUUAGAAAAUAUUAACCGACAGAGGGCUUUUGGGACAAGUAUCUAUUUUGUGUCUGAUAUAUGGCAUGAAUGAAGGAAAUUGAAAAAAGUGAUAGACGAGG